CGCAUGCGUCGUACAGUUGUUAUGACAUAUCAUUGAAAUAAUAUUGACAUCAAAUGUAAACAUUGAGUGAACAGUCAGUCAUCUGUCAGUUUAAGACACAAACAAAAAUCAUCGCAUCAUUGGAUCAAUUGGUCGGACGUCAAGAGACGCACAGACAGACAUAUCAAAUGAAUUGACAGAUCAAUCGCCGGACACAAUGUCUUCAAAUCCAGUGAUGAACGGAUUGGCUAAUGAUUGCGACUCAUCAUCAGCUGCAGCGAUGACAACGAAGUCGGAACAAUUGAUGGCCAACAGCGGUAUAUAUCACGAGAAACAAUGCAAACAAAUGUGUGCCAAACACGCGCUCAAUAAUCUUCUACAAGAUGUCGACGCGUUUACUAAAUCAGAUUUGGAUACCAUUUGUCAAACAUUAUCUCCAAACACCCGAUGGCUAAACCCGCACAAGUCGUCGCUAGGUUUAGGCAAUUACGACAUUAAUGUCAUUAUAUCUGCAUUGCAUACAAAACAUUACGAGACCUUCUGGUUUGAUAAACGCAAAGAUCCCGAGUGUCUUGUAUUGGAUAAUAUCAAAGGAUUCGUAUUAAACAUUCCGAAUCCCAUUUAUAAUUCAUGUAAGAAGUGGACCACCAGUUCAUUGUUUUCAUUGCCAACCAGUUUGCUCUCAUCGCGCAAACACUGGAUCGCAAUCAGGGCUUUUGGUCACCAAUACUAUAAUCUUGACUCAAAACUCGAUUGUCCGCAACUUAUUGGAAAUGAAAGUCAAUUAAUAAAUUAUUUGCGAGAAAAAAACCGGUGCAACGAUACGGAAAUUUUUGUAAUCGUUAGUCAAUUAAUUGCUGAAACUGAAGCUUGGAUUCGUCAACAAUAUGAAGAAUAAUUAUUAU